AUGAUGGCGAAGUCUCUCUUGGACUUCGUUGGUGACAACGACGACAUGUCUCCCCGCCGCUCUAUGGAGCUUCUUUGGGCGGAUGCCGUCUCCCAUCUUCCCCAGACUGAUGGAGAAGUCUUCCUGCCUCGUAAUGUUGUUGAUGACAUGCUUGACAUGGAUCUUCUCAAGGCAAUGGCCACUCGUCUCGCGUGUAUGCUCAACAAGAAAGUUGACAUUGUUCUCGAUGAAUCCAUCGAUUCUUACCGCAUGCUCCCUAAGCAACUCAGCGCUGAGCAUGACGAUGACCUAUGGGCUGACCAACAUGGUCUUGAGCUCAAUGAUCACCUUUUGAUCUCCAAGUCUAUCUACGAAGCUGGCGAUUCUGUGAAGAUCCCUGCUCGCCCAGCCAAAGUUCCUCGCCCUCCUAAUUGCUUCAUUCUCUACCGCCAAGCGAACCAUCACUUGGUUAAGAAUGCCAACCCAGGUGUUUCUAACAACGAAAUCUCUCGUAUCCUUGGCGCGCGCUGGAACAAUGAGAGCCCCGAAGUUCGGGAGCAGUUCACCCGCCUGGCUGACGAUCUCAAGAAGGAGCACGCCAUUAAGCACCCUGAUUAUCAGUAUACCCCUCGUCGUCCUUCCGAGCGCAAGCACCGCACUCCCCGUGCCCGCGCCAGCUGUCUGCCUUUUGUCGAGGUCGAUUCUCACUGCCAGGAGAUGACUGAUGACCUUGAUGCCGAAGACCAGUUGAUCUCAGUUGAUGACAAGUACAUCUCUGAGCUGAACAAAAAGGGUCUCCUUUUCGGUCCGAAUGGUGUCGAGCCACUUUCUGCCCCCUACAGCCACGAGGAGUGUCUACAAAUGAGUAAUGACCUGGCUUCGGGCAACAGUCUUGCCUCUCUGGAAUACAUGCCUAUUCCAUUCGAAUCUGGCAAAUCUGAUAUCCCCAGGAAGACCGAGUUCUAA